GGAAUCCACGUGAAACGCUUCGUGAUAAUACUCGAUCGAGCUUUGCUAAAAAUGGAACGCAUCUCCGGCUCGAGCUGUCAGCUGUCAAAACAAAUGUGAAGUUAGUUGGUGUGGUGUGUGAAGUGCGUGCAAGUGUUUUGUGAUGGCUCUAAGGUCUGUGUUAUCUUCUAAAAUACCAAUGGUGAUUAUAUUGGGUGCGACAGGUACCGGAAAAACGAAAUUGGGCGUGGAACUAGCCCAAAAAUUGGGCACGGAGGUCAUCAGUGCUGACUCGAUGCAGUGGGCAGUGAUGCUACUUUCUGCAUCCACGACUGUGGGUUCGCUUCCCACGAUUGGACAAGUUUUGUGACGAGGAUGAGUGUUUUCCAGUGUCCUGGUAAACUCGAGAAAAUUCUUACCGCUCAUGUGCGCCGAGUUCUUCAUGUUAACAAUAUCUACAAGGGUCUGGAUAUAGUGACGGCGAAGGCAUCUCGCCAAGAGAGGGAGCUGGUAAAGCACCACCUCCUGGAUAUUCUGGAGCCUCACCAGGUGUUCACCGUCGUGGACUUCAGAGCUCGAUCCCUUAAAAUUAUAGACAAUUUGACAAAACAGGGCAAAAUACCGAUAAUAGUCGGCGGUACCAACUAUUACAUAGAAUCCAUUGUAUAUCAGAUACUUGUAGAACAUACAGAUGACACUGAAGAACUACUAUGGGAUAGAAGUAAAAGGAAAAGAGAUUUUUAUGAAACUGAUCCUAUAAAUGAAGAAAGUAAUAAAAAACUUGCCAAAGAAUCUGAUAACCCAAAAAAUGUUGUGGUUUUAAAACAAGAAACAGAAGAUAAAAGUGAAAAACAGAAUUUAGAAGACCAAGAAUCAAUAUUGAAUUCGGAAAUUAAAGAUAACAUUUCUUUCACAAAAUAUGAAGAAGAUAAAGUGAUAGACAGAGAAACGCUAAAACAAGACGUAGACAAUGAAAGCAAGUUUACAAAUGAAGAGAUACAUUCCAAAUUGAAGGCGAUUGAUCCUGUGAUGGCAUCGAGACUGCAUCCUAAUAAUAGACGGAAGAUUUUAAGAGCAAUCGAAGUGUGGCUCAAAACCGGUCGACGGCACAGCGAGGUUCUGGAUGAGCAGAAGACCAGUGAGGGACAGCUCAGGAGACCAGGAGCUACCAUCAUACUGUGGCUGAAGUGUGAACAGAGCGUCCACGACGAACGCCUCAACGCCCGAGUGGACUCCAUGCUGGAGGAAGGCUUGAUAGACGAACUGCUCGACUUCCAUGACAGACACAAUAAGCAGAGGAUGGAUGGAAAUCCACCAGACUACACAAAAGGAGUGUUUCAAACAUUAGGUCUAAAGGAGUUUCACCAGUACCUGAUGCUACCAGCGGAGGAGAAAAACACUGAGGAAGGAAAAAAGCUUUUACAAGAGAGUAUAGCAAACAUGAAACUCGGCACCAGGCGGUACGCGCGGCGGCAAAACAAAAUGGUUAGAGGGAGAUUUUUGGAACACCCUUCCAGAGAGGUUCCACCGAUUUAUGAACUGGAUACAACGGACCUUACCAAAUGGGAUGAAGAGGUCAAAAAUAAAGCUUUUAAUAUCAUAGACAGCUUCAUUAAUGCAUCUCCAUGUCAACAUGAACCCUUAAAACAAUUCAUUUCUGAUGAUAAAAGAAGUAUUGAUGGUCAUUCUAGCAAUUAUUGUGAUGUUUGUGAAAGGCUUAUAAUUGGUGACAAAGAAUUCUCGAUACAUCUCAACUCUCAUAAACACAUGAGAGUAAUCAAAAGAAAAAAAAGAAUUGCUUUACAGUUGGAGAAACAAAAAUUAGCUGCUAAACCUGGAAAUUAUGAAAAACUUGAAAGUGAAUGAAACAUGCUAUCAAAAAUUCACUUUUAGUCUUGCCAAAGAAGUUCAUCAUAUUAUUUUUUUUCUCUCAUUUAAACAUAUAUAUUUGUUCUUUUUUUUUUUAAUAUCUAACAAUGUUAAUAAAAUACAAAAUAUAAUAGAAACAAUUAAAAAAAUUAUAAAAAAAACCAACCCUCCCACUGCGGGACAUUUGAGUGUCCAAGCAACCUGAUAGUCAGGUCUCCAGAUUGAGGAACCUCCUCACAAUGCGCGCUGUCUCAACAGUCACUGCCUUCUGUAUCCAGCAGUUAAACGAAAGCUUCUUAAGAUGUUGGUCAAAGCUUUUCACUAUAAGACCAUUGACUGAAACGACUAACGGAAUAAUAAUAGUUUACUCAACAUUGCACAUGGCGGUAAUCUUGUGAGCAAGUAUUAUACUGAUACUUAUUCCUUUUCAGCUUUUGUCGGAUUAACAUAAUUUUGAAGGUUUAAUAAUGACAAUUAUUGCAUGGCGCACUAGCAGUUUGACUAGCACUGUAUUAGAUUAUUACUAUUUAUUAUUAUUUAGAAUAGAAAUACAUUUUUGUUAUAAAUUUAUAAGUAUUUUGUAAUUAUGUUAGUUAUUUGUAUUGAGUAUAAUAAAGAUUACAACAAACUUGAAACAAA